AUGUCUCGCCAUCGUGUUAUGGCAGGACUCGACUACCGAGAGGAACUCUCGGAUGCGGAACCCGAUGACGAAGUCCCUUUCGAUGAUGAGGUAGACCAGGUGGCCAUGCGCGAGGGAAAGGCAAAGGUCAUAACGGCCCUUGGAGAAAUCGCCGACCUGAUCCCGCCUUCGGAGAUCGAGCAAGCGCUAUGGGACAACUACUACGACGUUGACAAGUCAGUGGCUGUACUUUCCGAAAACUAUGAGCAGGAAAUCCACAAGCUGGGCGAUGCGACGGUAGAAGUCCUGGCGCGACUUGGCGAGAGCUCCGAAAAGGUUACCCCGAAACAGAUCAAAGAUGCACUCUGGCAUUACUACUUUGAUAUCGACAAGACUGUCGCCUACUUAGACAGGACGUACAUAAACCCCCCCGAGAAGCCUAAACCCAAAGCCAAAGCAACCCCGGCUGAAUGUAAGUACAUUUCGAAUUAUUUGUACCUGAGUCAUCAUAACCGCACCGAAGCUUCGCGGAGGGACAAAGAGCGUCGGGUAAGCGGUGGUGAGCGCGACGGAAUGGAGCCCAAAAACGACCCUGUGAGGACCUACGACCUCGCACCACGGAUGCACGUCCCGGCAGAAUGGCACUUCUACGGAGUCAAGUGGACAAAUGGCUUAUGCGGACCCCAAACUACAUUCAUCGAGCCGCCAAGGUACGGCGGUCUCUUGGGCGGUUCGGGAAAGCCAUCCAAGCUCCAAGCGCUUGCCGCUGCCCGAAAGAAUAAAAGAGCAGCUGAAAAUUCUCAACCUGGACACACCGGGCCGGGGAAGUCCACUGCGCCAACUUCCAGUACCCCAGCAUCAUCAACCACAAACAAGGAGAACAUCAAACUAGACAUACGCCUUCUAUCCAAACGCCGUCGGGAUGGGUCAAAGGUGGAUCUAGAGGCUACGCCGCCUGCCAGCGGCCUACUAGGUCAGGGUAAUCCUGGCGCUCUCCGGCCAUCACCCAGCAAGGAUGGGGACUGUGCCCCCGAAGAAAAUCUUGCUGCCGAAAACCAGGUCUACACCCUGCAUAGGGCCGCCCAGCCCUCUGCCUUUGCCUCGACGCUCUUUGGAACCUCUUCGAACGCAACGGCUCACCAGGCUGAGGCCUAUCCUUUCCCUUAUACCGCAUCCCCGUCGUACUCUGCCAAGCCUUUCCUCGAGCCGAGUCCCGACGAUAUCGUGCUGGCUGCACAGGCCAAAGCGGGCAAAAAGAUCGCCGCACCAACGCCGAAGAAAGGACCUAAAGGCAACUCUACGGCUACCCCUUCGAACAGCAAUGUCGAGGCUGUUGCUGAGCAGAUGGGGAAGCUCACCACGAAGCACGAGCCCCGACCUAAGAGCAAGCAGCUUAAUGUUAUACAGGAGUAUGAGAAUGCAAAGAAGGACAAGAAGUCGGCGAGUUUCGUCGUCGUUGGCCAUGUUGAUGCGGGGAAGAGUACGUUGAUGGGGCGCCUUCUCUUGGAGCUCAAAUUUGUCGACAAGGCCGUCGUCGACAGAUACAGGAGGCAAGCAGAGAAGAUUGGAAAGCAGUCAUUCGCACUUGCCUGGGUGAUGGAUCAGAGAGAAGAGGAGCGCGACCGAGGAGUUACCAUCGACAUCGCAACCAACAAUUUUGAAACCGACAAGGGAAAGUACACGAUCCUCGACGCACCAGGACACAAGGACUUCAUUCCCAACAUGAUAGCAGGCGCCAGCCAGGCUGACUUUGCUAUCCUUGUCGUGGAUGCAAGUACCGGUGCUUUUGAGAAGGGACUCAAAGGGCAAACACGAGAGCACGUCUUGCUACUAAGGGCUUUAGGAGUUCAUAAAAUCAUCGUUGCGGUCAAUAAGAUGGACAUGGUGGACUGGUCCAAAGCUCGGUUCGACGAGAUAUCCGACCAGAUCAUGGGAUUCCUCUCAGCGAAGGGAUUCUUGGCGAAGAACAUUACCUUCAUCCCCCUUUCGGGGUUCAACGGAGACAACCUAACACGCAGAUCAGAAGCGACUGCGUCGUCAUGGUACACAGGGCCCACACUCAUCGAAUCACUAGAUAGCGCUGAAGCCAUCAGGCCCUCUCUCCGUAAACCCUUCCGCAUGGCUAUCUCGGAGAUAUGGAAAUCCCCGCUAGGCCACGUCACAGUCUCUGGACGGAUAGACACGGGAACGACGCAAAUUGGUGACGUCCUUAUCGUGCAGCCCAGCGGCGAAGAAGCGUGCGUCAAGACCAUCAUGGUGGACGCCGACAUCCGUGACUGGGCUGUGGCAGGAGAGAGCGUCAACAUCUUCCUCACGGGCAUCGACCCAAACCACCUCCGUGUCGGCGACAUCAUGUGCGCGGCGACGUCGCCCAUCGGAGUCAGCGACACGCUCAAGAUGAAGGCCAUGGCGUUCGAGCACGUCAUGCCCAUGCCCAUCGAUCUGCACCGCGGAAGGCUGCACUCGGCGGGUCAGAUCCUCGCUAUGGAGGCCAUACUCGAUAAGGCUACAGGAGAGGUGCUCAAGAAGAAACCCAAGGUUGUGCAGCCGGGUGAGGUGGCGAGGAUUACGGUGAAGUUGCAGUCGAAGAUUCCGUUGGAGGCCGGGCAGAGGGUUGUUAUUCGGAGUAGUGGCGAGACUGUUGCGGCGGGUCUUGUGGAAUAG